CUCAUCUUCCCGUCCGACAAUGAAGAAGAGCGGAUCCUCCCUGCUGUAGCCCCGUCCAAUCAACAACCAACAAUGCAUCCAUCCGUCGCCGGGCCCGAGAAGAACGCGACAAUACAAAGCUCCGUCCGGCCCCUCCAAGAUCCCUCGCAAACCCGUUUCUGAAACCACUCCCACCCCAUUACCGGCAAACUACAGUAUCGCAGAUUCCCUAAAGGUCGCAAACCCCCCCUCUCUGGGCUCUGUGUUUAAUUACCACUACUUGGCAAGCCACUAAGCUCGGGCAUUCACAGUGCCGAUAUCUUGGUUCUUCAGAGCAACACUUCCACUACUGGCACUCUACGCCUCUGGUGAACGCUAUUACUCAACCAAGCUCUGAAGAAGAAAAAGAAAGAAAAGAGCUCGGCGACCUUUGGGCUCCCUUUCACUCCUUUUCGGGAAUUUACAAACAAACCCGACUAAAAAGGCUCUUUCUUUCUUUCUUUUUUCCACCGGUAAUUGGGGGGUUCUUUUUUCCCUAAUUAGUCUGUCGUACAACGGUGGAACACGCCCCCUUUUCCGUCCAGUUUAGCCGAAAAGAACAAAAAAAAAACCCCCACCUACCGUACAUACCUUACAAAUCCAGCUUGGGAAACAAUUUCUUGUCUACUCAUCUCACUCACUCAUUCCACUACCGUACACCUUUAUCCAUCACACACACACACACUACCGGACCACGGACGAAAGAACGGACGAAACCGAGCAAGCAACCGAUGUCCUCCUCGUCACUCAUCCAGCUUCUCCAGCGGAAGCGGUACCAGUACGAGGUUACCUUCUCGCUGUACAUGCUUACCCCAACUGAGAAGAUCAUCUUCAACUCCUUCCUAUUCGUAUUCCUCUCCAUGCUGAUCCUCGCAGCCUCCUUGUACCUGCCUCAUCAUAUCCAUACCAUCGCCUCGAGAGCUUGGUUUUACUACGCGGGGGAUGAGGAGUUGGUUCAUGCUCCGAUACCCGCGUCGAUGAAUUGAUAUUGCUAUUGCUGUGGCGGUAAAGGGGAAGAUUGGGAGAGCUCUGCUCUUCUCCCCCUGGUCAGACUGGAGUUUAGAAGGGCAAAUCCAUCAGUAAUAGCACCAAUUGAGGGGAGGUUGAAAUGUAUAAGACUGGCGGGUAGAGUAGGAUGGUGUUCUCCUUUGAGGAUUAGAAAAAAAAAGUUUAAUGCAUGCUUGAAUACGAGGAUAGGGUGAUCAUAAAGGGAGGGAGGCUGGUGAGCUGCCUCGUAAUUAAUGUUUUUCAAUUCCUGUUUACUAUGUGGGAGUAAUGUUCUGGUCGCUCACUGGGUCGCUUUUUUUCUUUUUU